AUGGCACAGCCAGGAGAUCAGCUCAGCGAGGAAAAACUCUGCUGUUCCAUCUGUCGGAAUCUACUGAAGGAUCCAGUGACUAUUCCCUGUGGACACAGCUACUGUAUGAGCUGUAUUAAACGCCGCUGGGAUGAAGAGGAUCAGAAGAAAGUCUACAGCUGUCCUCAGUGCAGACGGACCUUUGAACCGAGGCCUGCCCUGAUUAUAAGCACCAUGUUGGCAGAUUUAGUGGAGGAACUGAAGAAGGCAGAACGGGAGCGACCCCAGCCUCACUCUGGAGUUGUUCCAUUUAAGAAACAAAAGCUGGGGGAGGCUUCCACACAGCAUCCGAAGAAAACCUGCCCUCAUCAGUUAGAGGUUUUCUGCCGCACUGAUCACUAUUGUAUCUGCUAUAAGUGCGCAUUUGAACAACAUAAAGGCCACGACACUGUUUCAGCUGCGAAAGAAAUGGCCGAAAAGCAGAAAAAGCUCGGGGGGAUUCGGCAAGAUAACAAGGAAAGAAUCGAGAAUGUAGAGAAAUAUGUGAAGCAGCUUCAGAAGGAGGUGGAGGCUACCAGUCGCUCUGCUGAUAAAGCUUUGGAGAAUUGCGAGAUGAUGUCCACUGAGAUCGACCGUCUCACGAAGAAAAACGCUGAUGUAAAGCAGCAGAUCAAAACAGAUCAGGAAAGAGAAGUGAAUCGGGCCAAAGAGCUACAGAAGAAACUGCAGCAGGAGCUUGCUGCGCUGAGGAGGAGGGAGGACAAUCUGGAGAAACUCUCUCACACACGGGACAACGUUCAGUUUCUGCGUGUUUACUUCUCGCUUCCAGAUAUCAGUACAUCUGCCAUCAUACCCGACAUCAACAUCCGCCCUCUGCAACACUUUGAUGAUGUGACAACAACCGUGUCCGAUGCCAUAGCUAAACUAAAGGACAGUUAUGGUAAGGAAUUGAACAAGAUCUCAGGGGCAGUGAGUAAAGUAUAUGUUUUACUGCCACAAGACCCCAGGUUCCAAAUGGAUCCAAACACAGCCAGCACGACGAUGGUACUAUCUGAAGAGAACAGAAAAGCAACCUCAGUCCAAGAUGAUCGGUCAUAUCCUUGUCACCCAGACAGAUUCAUGGACAGGCCUCAGGUUCUGAGUAGCAGACCUCUGCCGUCUGGACCUCGUUACUGGGAGGUGCUGUGGGGUGGCUUAGGAGUUACAGUAGCUGUCGCAUACAAGGGCAUUGCUAGAACAGGAGAGGAAAGUAUCUUUGGAAACAAUGACAAGUCUUGGGCAUUAGAGAGUGUGGCCAAAGGUGCUUAUUCUUUUAAUUUCAAACAUAACGGUAAGAAAAUUUCCCUUUCUGGCCCUCAAUUCUCCAGAUUAGGAGUUUACGUGGAUUACAAGGCAGGUAUUCUGUCCUUCUACAGCGUCUCCGAAACUGAAACUAUCACUCUCCUCCACAAAGAGAAGACCACAUUCACUCAGCCUCUCUAUGCCGGACUGGGAGUUUUUUAUAAGGGGUCUACAGCAGAGUUUUGUGCCGUCAAGUAG